AUGAACCGGACGUUGCUGAUCUCUGGACAGCGGGCAAAUUUUACCACUCUCUCCCUUGAUGUCGACAAGAGAGAGUUGAGUAUUGUCGCUGAAUGUCCUGGACCUUUCAAUGUUUCCUGGGUCGAGCCCUUAGCUUCGCAUGGAGAUGUUGAUCGCCUAGUUGGUCUGUCUGAGGGUGACGAAUCCGGGCUACUAUACACAUUCGAAAUCGACCACGAGCAAAAGACCUGCAAUAUCACCAGUCAAAAAUCGACUUUGGGAGCCCCUGCUCACUUCGUCACGUUACCCGACGGAUCUGCACUGGCGCUCAGCACCUAUUGUGGGGGUUCAGUUGCCCUGUAUCCGACGUCUGUCACCGAAAAGGCCGGCCUCUUACUUGCGGAUGACCAGCGGACGGAGCUGCUGUUUGACUUUCCCUACAAGUCGGUUGAACACGAAAGAGUAAUGUAUGUCCUCGGAGAGCUGUCUCACACUGUUGUUGCCUUCGAUCUGUCGACCUCCCCUGCCGACGAAAUCCAGCCUAUCGACGGUUUCUCGCCCAAGGUCGUCCCACCAAGUGUUCAUCCGGACCACCAACUGAUGAUGGACUCCGCCGAAAUUUGCCUCCAUCCCAACAUACCGAAUGUCUUGUAUGUCAGUAACAGGUGGGAAAGACACAUCGCGGACCUGGAACCUCAUCUCGAAAAUGUCCCCAAGGAGCUGCCGCCAGGGGAUGCUAUCGCCAUCAUCCUGCUGUCAGAUGAUGGAAGGAGGGUACACGAAACCAAAUUCGUACGGACCAAUCUCGAUACCAUCCGCGGCAUGCGCCUCAGCAGCGACGGCAGCUUGGUCGCUAUGGGAGGACAAGAGGGCGGCGGGGUUGAGAUCUACGGCAUCAGUGGAGAGAGGGGCGAUGUGUGGACUCUUGUGGCCAGUCUUAACAAGGGCCUGGAAAGCGGGAUCAAACAUGCCAUUUGGUUGUAG